AUGUCCACCAGCGAUCGCUCAGCUUCAGUCCUCUCGGUAGUUGUCAUUGGAGCUGGCAUCAGCGGGCUAUGCGCCGCCAUCUCCAUUCGCCUCGCCGGUCACGACGUCCGAGUUCUCGAAGCGGCCAAGGAACUCGCGGAAAUCGGCGCUGGUUUUCAAAUUACGCCCAAUGGCGUCCGAGUUCUUCGCCAACUCGGCCUGUACGACAUCCUCGAGCCCAAAGCCGCCGAGCCGUCCUUUCUCCAAGUGAGAAGAUACUCGGAUGGCAAGGUGCUUUCCCGCACGGACGACUUCAACAUCGAGAUGAGGAAGAAGUACGGGGAGCCAUUCUGGGAUCUGCAUCGGGUGGAUGUUCAAUUGGCCAUGGUGCAACGGGCAAGGGAAUUGGGGGUGGAAGUGCGACUUGCGGCAAAGGUGGUGGACAUUGACUUCUCCCGUCCCUCGGCCACCCUGGCGGAUGGAGAAUGUCUGCAUGCUGAUCUCCUGGUCGGCGCGGAUGGUCUCUGGUCGACAUCCCGGGAACGCUAUCUUGCAACUCUCGGCAAAGCUGAUUCGCCCUUGCCCACUGGUGAUUUGGCAUAUCGGAUCCUCCUCAAAGUGGAAGACAUCCAAGACGAAGAAUUGAAGCAGUGGAUCGGCAAGCCCUCGUGUCAAUUCUGGAUUGGGCCGGGGAGCCACUGUGUCGCUUAUUCUCUGCGUAACGGGACUAUGUUCAAUCUCGUCCUUCUCACACCCGACAAUCUCCCUCCAGAUGUCGACCGACAAGCCGGUUCUUUGGACGAGAUGAGACAGCUCUUCGCGGAUUGGGAUCCCGCAUUGAACCGAUUUCUCGAUGAAGUGAAGUCUGUCGAUAAGUGGAAACUGCUCCAUCGUACCGAAAUGGACAAUUGGGUCAAUGACAAGUCCACCUUUGUAUUCACUGGGGAUUCCUGUCAUCCCAUGUUGCCAUAUCUCGCACAAGGCGCAAACUCAUCUCUAGAAGAUGGCAUCGUGUUGGGCAACGUGCUGGCAGCAUUGCGAUCCAAGGACCAAUUGCCAGCAGCCCUGCGUUUGUAUGAAAAAUUGAGGAAAGAGCGAGGUGAAGCCAUCGCUCGAGAAACGUUUGCCCAACGGCACGACUUCCAUAUGGACGACGGCCCAGAACAAGAAGCGAGAGACGAGCUCAUGCAAUCGACCCUGGGCAAGGAGAUCGAUUGCAAGUUUCCGAGCCGAUGGCAGUGUCCCCAAGUUCAGCCAUGGCUAUAUGGUUAUGAUGCAAAGGCGGAGACUGAGCAUGCUCUUCGACAAUGGCCUUUAUGA